AUGCCCCUUUGGCUCGUUUUCCACCCCUGCGGCACUUUCGAGGACGAUUCCGCAAAACGAGCGCUAAGCAAAGACAUAACAAACAUAUACACUGGCAUAGGCCUUCCUGCCUUUUACGUCGUCGUCAACUUUGUUAAGCUCUCGCCUGGGGAUGUCUGGGUUGGAGGUGAACCGAAAACCGACAAGCCGUUUAUUCGAAUCCUGGUCGACCAUAUUGCCGUUCGGCUUGAGAAUGAGGACCGCGUUUAUGAACGCAGCGCUGAUGCAAUUGAAAAGGCGUUGAAGCCGCAUAUUUGUGACAAGGGUUAUGAUUGGGAAUUCCAUGUCGAUGAGACUGAAAGGAGACUCUGGCGCGUCAAUGGGAUUAUCCCUCCUCCGUUUGGGAGCGAUAUGGAGAAGCAGUGGGCGAAGGACAACAAACCAUCUGUGUGGAGCGGUGCAUAUUAA